AUGUCAUCCAGCACCCCCGACUUCCUCAAGACACUCACUUACCCGCGCCCGGACCUCACCAGCUCCAUCCUCAGCUGCACCCCACCCCCACCCAUUGCACCCCGCACCCCGCGCGCCUCCGCCUCCCUCGGCGCCCUCGACACCCUCCCCCUCGAGCUCCUCCACGACAUCGUCCACGCCCUCCCCCUCAGCGCGCUCAGCCCCCUCCUCUCCACAAGCUCCAGCACACACUCCCUCCUCCUCUCCGACCCCCUCUACCGCAACCUGCGCGCCCAUGCCGCCCACGCGCUGCACGCCUACUCCGCAACCGCCCUCGGCGCGUCCAUAACCGUCGCCCAGCUCUCGGCGGCGCUGUGCACGGAGCGCUGCGCGCAUUGCGGCGAAUUCGGGCCCUUCCUCUGGAUGCUGGACUGCACACGGUGCUGCUGGGCGUGCCUGACGCAGCACCCGGACCUGCUGCCGCUGGCGCCGGAGGAGGCAAUGCGGCUGUACGGCAUCCCGGGCGGGCGCGCGGCGGAGCUGCCGGUCAUGAGGAGUGUGCCGGGCGUGUAUAGGACGUGGAAGGAGGCUUGUGUCGAGCCCGAGUCGAGACGGCUUGUGUCUAGGGCUGCGGCGAUGAGGGUUGCUGUGGCGGUCCACGGCAGCGCCGAAAAGGUUGGGGAAUAUGUUGCUGCGCGGGCGCAGAAGGGGGUGUCGGAUUCGAAGGAUAUGGAUGUCCGCCGGCUUCUGGGCGUGAUUGCGCUGCCGACGGUGGAUCGCCGGGCAGGAGUGGUAGAGCAUGGUGUCUCUUGUAAGGGCUGCACAAGCACGCUUCCGGUGGUUGCGCUGAGGGGUGAGGGGAUGCCCUGUAUGCCAGUGAGAAUUGGGAGCGGGUUGGAGGGGUUCGAUGCGAGAAAGAGGGAGCUGGGGAGGAUGUUCACCGCCCAGGGAUAUCUGGCGCAUUAUCAAGUAUGUGGGAGGGCGAGAGAGCUGUGGGAGUGGGAGAUGGAGAUGAAUGAUGAUGAGGAGGAGGAGGAAGACGAAGAGGAGUGGGAUAUGGAGGAGGCAGAUAGGAGCUCACCUUUCUUAUGA